AUGUUCAUUGCCCGCUCGGAAUACGACCGUGGAAUCAACACCUUCUCUCCGGAGGGGCGUUUGUUCCAGGUCGAAUACUCUCUCGAAGCUAUCAAGCUGGGUUCAACAGCGAUCGGUGUCGCAACCUCCGAAGGUGUCAUCCUAGGUGUCGAGAAGCGUGUCACCUCCAGCCUCCUCGAGGCCUCCUCCGUCGAGAAGAUCGUUGAGAUCGACCAACACAUUGGCUGCGCCAUGUCCGGUCUGCAGGCAGAUGCCCGGUCCCUGGUCGAGCAUGCCCGUGUCGAAUGCCAGAACCAUGCCUUCCACUACGCCGAGCCGUUGAGAGUCGAGAGCUGCACCCAGGCCAUCUGUGACCUGGCCCUGCGAUUCGGAGAGACGGGGGAUGACGAGGAGAGCGUCAUGAGUCGGCCUUUCGGUGUCGCCUUGUUGCUCGCUGGUAUUGAUGAGGAUGGUCCGCAACUAUACCACGCGGAGCCCUCCGGAACGUUCUACCGAUAUGAUGCGAAGGCGAUCGGGUCCGGAAGCGAGGGUGCGCAGGCGGAAUUGCAGAAUGAAUACCAUCGUUCCUUGACGCUGGGUGAGGCGGAGACUCUGGUUCUCAAGACGUUGAAGCAGGUCAUGGAGGAGAAGCUGGACGCGAAGAACGUCCAGCUCGCUAGUGUGACUAAGGAGAAGGGCUUCCGUAUUUACGACGAUGAGGAGAUGGGCAGGGCUGUUGCGCAGCUGGGCAGCAACCAAUGA